UCCAAUGCGAAUUUUUGUUAAAUGUUAAUUUUUCAAAUAUUUAAUGGACAAUUUAUAUUAAUUCAUAAGUUGAGUAUACAAAAUAAGUUGUUUCUAAUUUGUAGAAACAUUUUUCGACUGUAAGCGGUGGUCAGUUCAAUAUACAUGAGCAUGAAUGAAAUUCAAGAAUAGUAUAUUUAAUUUUUAUCUUUGGAAAAGAAAACAAUGAUUAAGACUGACCAAAUACUUCUCUGGCAUAAGUGUAAGGCUUAUUACAUACAAAAACUGAACAUGCAUUGGUUUUUUAUUAAAUUGCUAAGAACUCUAUGAAUAACAGAAAUUGUGCAUUUAAGUAUUAGUUAUGUUAAUUGUGUCAUAGACAAUAUUCUUAUAAAAUGGAUAUUGGAAUAGUUAAAAUUGCUGAAGAUAAGGAUUUUGAGAAGUUGAAACAUUUAUAUGAUGAUAAUAAUGAUUGGAGAUUAGAUUAUAAUAAACCUGAUUUAUCAGUUUGGACAAAAUCUGUAUCAGGAAUUAGUUUUAGAAUGGUAAAGAUUAGAACACGUUUUGCCGAUGUUCUACCAGAAACAUUAUAUGAUGUGUUACAUGAUCCUGAGUAUAGAAAGGUUUGGGACACCCAUAUGAUUGAAUCAAAAGACAUAGGCUUUUUUAAUCCAAAUAACGAUAUUGGUUAUUAUUCAAUGGCCUGUCCAUCUCCAUUGAAAAACAGAGAUUUUGUUCUACAAAGAUCAUGGCUUGAUACUGGUAUAGAGCAAUUAAUUUUGAAUCAUUCUGUUUUUCAUAAAGAUUAUCCACCAAGAAAACAAUUUGUACGAGCAACAUCUUAUCUUACAGGAUAUAUAGUAAGACCAUCUCGAAAUGGUGAUGGCUCUGAAUUAGGCUAUGUCUCUCAUACUGAUCCACAUGGAAAAUUACCAGUAUGGUUGGUUAAUAAAGUUACGCAAAUAUUUGCUCCAAGAAUGGUUAAAAAAUUACAUAAAGCUUCUGUAGCUUAUCCUAAUUGGAAAUUACUUAAUAACCCAAAUUAUAAACCUUGGCAUUUCCCUGAACAAAUUGCAUCACCACGUAUAAGAAUUGAGGAUUGUGUAAAGUCUGCAGAAGAAAAAAAUUCAAAAAAUUAUUAUGUUGAUGAAUCAGAAUUAAAAGAGUCAGUUACAAUGGACAGUGAUUAGUUUUAUUCAUGAAGUAGAUGUUUCCAUUGUUAACAUUAAGAAAAUAAUAUAAUAGUUGAAAUUAUAAAAUGCAGUAUUAUAGAAGUUUGUAGUAUCAACAGAGCUUGAUGAAAAUUAAUUUAUUCGUGUAAAUGUGUAUAUAACUAUAUAUUAUCUAUAUACACAUCCACACAUCUAACUGCAAUUCAUUAAUUAUAUUGGUAAUAUUAGUAUCACAAAUAGUUAUAUGGCCUAUUGCAAUGAAUGACAGUAUGAUUAAUAAGAAUACAUCAUGGCCUGUCUUGUAUUAAAUAUUAUAUAGUUAUAGUUCCUUAUUGAAUCGGUGAUGUAUGUGUUGUUGAAAGUAUAAUUUGUUACAUGUGAUUCGACAUAACGCACAAUAUGCAGGUUGUAAUUUUUAAUUUAUGUGUUUAUCUAUUUUUAUUGUUUUAUGUGAGUAUUUAAGUAUUACAUAUAAUAAUUUUUGUAUAUAUGUAUAAAAAUUAUCAUUGAAGGUACAAAAGAUUUACAUAUUGUCUACAUUAAAUAUUUAUUAAGAUUAAUGCAUUAUAGCUCGAUACAUAGAUAAUGAUUGUAGCAUCUUAAUAUUACAAGUGCAAUUUUAGGAAUAUUAGAGAAAUCUUAGUGUUUGGAUACAAAAAUAGCGAUCACAUACAACAAUAUAAUUAUUAAUUUUCUUAAAAAUGAUACUGCAUAAUAUUAUUAGUUAUAGUUAUUAGUUUUGUACUUUGUAAUAUAUAAUUGUUGACUUAUUUUGUUUUAUUUAUGUUAAAAUUUAUGUUACUUAUCAUAUUUUUUAUAUUACAUCUCUAUAUAUAACUUGUCUAGACAAUAGGUAAAUAUAUAUCUAGUAAAUUAUGUAAAUUUUCUUGCUUUUACCAUAGUGUAGUUCUUCUAUUUAGAACCUUUUACACAUUGUAAAAAGAAUUAAGAUUUUCUAUAUUUAUUAAAUAUUCUGCUUCAAUUAAUGCAAUUAACAUAUCCUAUUUAUAUAAUGUCCUAUUUACAUUUAUACAAUUAUGACAUUUAUCUCUUAUAAUAACACAUACGUUUUGUGAUUUUCUAUAUCUAAUAGUAAUAACUAGUUUUCCAAAGUAUAUGUACAUGCAUAUUUAUACUUACAUAAAUUAUCAGAAUAUACAUUGGUAUUUAAUGUGUUAUUUAUGAAUUUUUUCAAUGUGAUGAAUAUUUCAAUUUUUUGGAGAUAAACUGAUUCUACAUAUUUAAUUUUAUAUGUCAUCUUUCGUACAUUUAAUUAUUUAAAUGUUUAAAGUCUAAUUGCAUUUGCUUUAGAAUGUAAUGGCCUUGAUAAAUUUAAGAUAAAAUUUAUUUGUGUAUAUUCAGUACAUUCUAGUCAUACUAAAUAUUUUUAUUUCCUAAAUUACAGUGUCAAUUGAAAGACAAAUAACUUGAAAUUUCUGUAUAUACAUAUACUCAUGUAUUUAUGUGAUUAGAAUUUUUACAUUAUACAUAUAUAUUUCUGUAUGUACUUACAUAGCAAAAGAUAGUUAUUAUAUCAGAAUAAUAUUUGUGAUAUUAUUUUUAGGAAUUUUGAAGAUGGUUAAUGAAGAUUUAAAAAAGAUGAGAAUUGUAUUACUUUUUAAAUCUACCAAGUAAUUAUUAUCUUUGUACGAAAUGUAUUGCAGCAGAACAGAUAAUAUGUAUUUUAUUCAAUUUAAAAUAAUCUAUAUUCUUAUAUUACGUCAUUCAUUGUAGUUUGGCUGAUAUUGAUAUCCUGGUGCAAGUUUAUAUAUACAAAGAUGAUAUAAAAGUACAUAAAUCAAUUGUGGAUUAUUAAUUGAUUCUUAUGUAUUAUUUUUUUACUUGUUUUAAAUGGCCUCUAUUUGUAUACAAUACAAUUAUAUGUAUGAUUAGUGCAAUUCAUUAUUGAGGUAAUUGUUAUUUUUAUCUGUUAUGUGAAAAUAAUAAUGAUAUACUCUAUACAUUUUUAUCCGAAUAUAUUUAGCAAAUUGUUAGAAACAAAAUAUCAAAAUAAUGAUUGGAUUCCAUAUAAGCAUUACUCUUCAAUGAAAGGGUUUGAUUUGAUGUAUUUCAUAAAUUUGACGUAACUGUUAUUAAGUUUACGAUGAGAAGAAAAAGUUCUAGUAUAGGUAAUUGUAAACUUAUUUUGUACCAGGAAGCUACUGCAGGGCCGGAAGACAAACGGAAAUAAAGAAUAUAUAUAUAAUUAUAAAUUUAUUUCUGUCCAUUAUCACUAAUUUUACAAUUUUAUUAUUAAGAGGGUUAACAAAUUUCAUGUCUAUCAUAUAACAAAUUAUAUGAAAUACAUCAAAUAAUUUUUGUAUUGUACUAUAUUUGUGAGUAUAUUAUAUUAGUGUAAGUAUUUUUUAUAUUAAUAUUAAAGUUUAAUGUAGUGUGUUAUACAUUGCCUGACACUUGAUUUGUUUAAAAUGUACUGUAUGAAGAUGAUAUAAAAUUGUUAAAAUUUCUAAUUAAUUGGUAUGUUUUAUUUUCCCUUUAUACUUCUGUAUAAUAUUGCAUAAAAAGGAAGUUUUUUAGUAGAAUG